AUGGGCUAUUCCGAGCCAUACUGCCAUCUAUGUGGCGUGAGCUUCAACAUAAUCUUCAGUUCAACAUCAGGAAAACUGGACGAUGAUCCAGACUCCACCUUGCAAUGGGAACCCCCGGUUGUGAAGACGACAGACGUAGUCUGCUGUACGGACCACGAAGAUGCAGAUAGCGAUACCGAAUACAACCCCCAAGAAACCCAGGAUAGCGAGCCAUAUGAAUAUGACUCCGAUGUAUCAUACAACACCAGUGACGAAGAUGUGCCCGAACACGAAGAGACCACUGAUACAACGGACACCGAAACCCAAUUCUAUACCGAAUGGGCACGAAGAACCUUCAACCCAAAUUGCAGAGAGCCAGAGGAACGUGUCGGAUAUUUCGAUGCUUCGAGUUCCGCCUACUCGACCAAUAUUAUUUCUCCCGAGGCGGCCAGAGGAUGCCGCACAGCCCAGUUCCUGUUCCAUAAAAGCAAUUCUUGGCAGCCCGAUGAGCAUCAUGAGGCCUGGGAGGUACAUGGAGAGUGGGCACUUUCCGGUAUAUGCGAUGGAGUGCCGUCGCGUGAUUGUGAUAUCCCAACAGUGUGGCCGGCGCGCGGUGGAGUUGAAACCCUAGAAGCGGAUAAUACUAAUUACUAUCCACAUAUGCAACCAGAUGAUAUAGCAAUGCCGUUUCAUCCAUGGUGCUUCGAUAUUUUCUGCCGGCAAUCUAAAGUCCAGUUCAAACAUAUUGACACUUCAGCUCUUAUGAAAUGGCGCAAUACGGAGUUUGAUCGAAAGUCUUUUCUCAAGUUCCCUCGGGCAAAAGAAGUCCGCAGGGCACAGGAUCAAUGGUGGGAUCAUGAGCCUGGUAGUGAGUAUCUGGUUGCCAAUCCUCUUUAUGUGCCCGGGCUGCCAGAGCUUCUGAUCUCGGCGGUCAAUGGCGAGAGCAGUGACAAACAUUUUGGCGGACGUCAGAAAGACAGAUCAUCUGAAGCUACUAGAGCUCGAUCUAGACCAUCCCAGCAUCGGCGGGUCAAUCUCUUGUCAUCAAUGCCCUUGGAAAUCCGCCUCAUGAUAAUCGAUUUCCUGGGAUCAGACGAUGUCACCAGGUUAAGAGCCGCAUCUAGGACAUUCACCAAUCUCCCCAGUAGUGUAUGGUACCGACUCACACGCGAAGAGAUGCCUUGGCUUUGGGAAGCAUGGGAUGAAUCCGAAUGCACACACAGUCCUCAGAUCUGGACAAGAGUUUCAACUGCCCAGGUCAAGUCUAUCUUGAAAUCACGGAAGCUAUUGUCCAAUGUCUUGAGUGCGGACUACAUGAAAUACAAGGCUGCUGAGAAGGCUGCUGAGUACUGGUUACCCAUGCCAUGUGACAUGCCAAACCAGGUGGAUCUACCAAGACUGGGAACGGACUGGCGUGUUGUCUUCACGCAGAUCAAGCAGAACUGGAGAAGGCUUAAGGGCUUGCAGAAUCGACGGCGGAUUUGGACAGACGUGGAAGAGAUUAUUCGACGUAUUCGAAAUCUUGAAAUGGCUUCUGAUGAGCCAUAG